UUAUCUCCAUUAUUUACCUCACAAAAUAUUCAGACAUAUUUACAACGUUCAGAUAACCAUUCAGCAACAUUUAUUUUUACUUUCUUCAAAAUUCUCCAACCAAAGGCAAGAUAAGAGAAGAUGGCAAUGAAGGUGUUUGCUGUGGCUCUGCUCUCUGUUUUCAUGGGGUUUAUGGUGUCUGUUUCUGAUGGAUUAAAUCCGGUCGACUGCUCUGACAUCUAUAAAUCUGGACAAACCAUCAGUGGGGUCUACUCCAUCUAUCCAGCAGGUGACGUUCCUGUCUGGGUUUACUGUGGGAUGAUCUCAGUUGGAAACAAUAAAGACAAAGGAGGAUGGACGGUGAUUCAGAGGAGAAUGGAUGGCAGUGUGAACUUCUAUCGGCCGUGGAAUCAGUCCAAGAGAGGAUUUGGGAAUGUGCAAGGAGAAUACUGGCUGGUGGUGGAAGAACUACAAAAGACUUCAGCCACAGCUUUAGAUGAA